UAGGUACACCUACAAGGUCUUUGUUGCGUCACAUGUUGUUCUCAGCAGAUGCUUUAAUGCAACAAAGUGCAUGUGGUGACGGUGCAGCUAAUUGUAAACAUGCUUUAAUGCAACAUUGUAAACAUACUUUAAUGCGGAAACUCCAAUCACAGACAUACAAAAUGGAGAAUAAAGACACAACAAUGGCUUUGAUCAGAUACUAUUGCAAUGAAAAAUAUUUCAACAAUGUUGUCAACACUGCAGCAGCUGCACAGAAGACUUUUCGUAGUGACCCUAUCUUCAGUGUCUUCCAUGCAUAUGGCAUCUUGAUGCAAGGUCAAGUUCGAGAAGCCACGGCAGAGCUGAACUCAAUAAAAGAUAGAGCCGAGGUGUCUCUCUGCACUAUGAUGGCACUUAUCUAUGCAGAGAGAAAAAAGAUAAAACCAGACAAAGAUGUUAUUCAUGAACUUGAAGCUAAAAUCCGGGAGGAUCGCAAAAGUGCAUCUCCGCAGAGUCUGUAUCAUGCUGGGAUGUUUCUUUGGAUGUUAGGCCGGAAUGAUAAAGCUCGAGAAUACACGGAGCGGAUGAUCAAAAUGACCAAUGGCUCUCAAGAGGGGGUAAUCCUGAAAGCAUGGAUAGACGUGACGUGUGGGAAAGAUGAUCAUGCCAGAAAGGCUGAAAAAUACUUUGAUGAAGGACUAAAAGAUGUUUUUGCAUUAAUGGGAAAGGCACAGUACUGCGAGUACUGUCAAAAUUACUCUGGAGCAUUAGAUGUGGUUAACAGAGUAAUUGCCAGUUUCCCAGACUUCCUGCCUGCACUCAUUAAGAAGAUGAAGUUGUUUUUAAGGAUGCAAGACUGGGAGCAAACCAUCGAUGCAGCAAUCAGCAUUUUACAAAUGGAUAAAAACAAUCUGGAUGCCCUACAUAUGAUGACUCUGUAUUCUUUAUGUAUCACUGGAGAUAUGACAGAGUCAGUAAAGAAUCUUUCCAAAUUCAUCAGCAGUCUGGAGGACCUGGAACCACACAACCCUGAGCUUGCUUACAAGAUGUGUAUCCCAUUUAGCAGAGUGUGUGGCCGUAACGAGAAAGUCAUUGAGCAGGUGGUCAGAAUGGUGGAGAAAGCCUUCAUUGUGACAUCAGGAAACUCUGAUAUUGCCACAGAAUUGGGGUACCUCAUGGUUCUUCAGGGUAAAAUCAAGGAGGCUAUGGAGUGGUACAAGACUGCCAUGGCUCUGGACGAGACCAGUCUCUCUGCAUUGACUGGCAUCAUUUGGUGUCAGUUGAUGGAAGGCUUCCUAGAAGAAGCAGAGAAAGAUUUGGAAUUUCUGACAGAAAUUCAACAAACCACUGGAAAAUCAGGAGACAUCCUUUAUCUGCGUGCACUUGUGGCAGUUAAAGAACAGCGUCCUCUAGAAGAGGUUACCAAGCUCCUAGAUGGUGCAGUGGAAACCCACUUCUCUUCUCUGCAUGGUCUACCUCUGAGUUUGGAGUACUUUCAGAAGUUCAACCCUGAUUUCCUGCUGGAGAUUGCCAAGGAGUAUCUUGCUCUGUGUCCUACUAAGCCUGCCACGCAAGGUCGGUCCCCUGCUCCACAGCUCAGGCGCUGUGCAGCGUUGUUGGACACAGUGGUAAAGAUGGUGCCAGGCCUCCUUCAAGGGGUCUUCCUGCAAGCCAAAGUCCGAUAUCAGUCUGGUGAUGUUGAUGCUGCUCAGAGCAGUCUACAUCACUGCCUGGAACAGUGUCCUUCUCACACAGACGCUCAUCUACUCAUGGCAAGGAUCCACUUGCUGCGCAGAAAUUUUUCUUUGUGUUUCCAGUCGCUGGAACUUUGCCUCAGUCAUAACUUUCAGAUUCGAGAACAUCCAUUGUACCUUCUGAUAAAAGCCCAGGCAAAGAAACAAAUGGGAGAGCUGACCGAGGCCAUUAAUAUUUUACAAAUGGCAAUGAGUCUUGUAGAGAUCUGCAAGUCAAAAAACAAAACCAUUGAGCUGAGUCCUACAGACUGUGCCUCCAUCUUCUUGGAAUUAGCUGAGGCUUUGCGUCUCAGUGAUAAACAGCACGAAGCAGCCAAAGUCAUGCAGGAUGCCAUUAACGAGUUUUUGGGAACUCCUGAAGAGCUUCGUGUCACUAUUGCCAAUGUUGACUUUGCAUUGCUGCAUGGUGAUACUGAGGUGGCACUGAGCAUGCUCAUUAACGUUACAUCUGACCAGCCAUACUACAUCCAAGCCAAGGAAAAGAUGGCCGACAUAUACUUGAACCACAAAAAGGACACACGUUUAUAUGUAAGCUGUUACAGGGAGGUAGUGGACAAGCUACCCAGUGCUCACACAUAUGUCUUACUAGGGGAAGCGUACAUGCACAUUUUAGAGCCGGAGAAAGCCAUUGAAAUCUAUGAGCAUGCGCUCGAGAAAAACCCAUAUGAUGGAGCUCUUGUCAGCAAGUUUGGUAAACUACUGGUCAAGACACAUUACUUUCACAAGGCAAUACAUUACUAUGAAGCUGCCCUAAAGACCGGACAACAGAGUAUCCUGCGCUAUGACUUGGCUGAGCUGCUGUUGAAGAUGAAACAAUAUGACCGCUGCAAAAUAGUUCUGGAUGAUGCUCUGUCCCAUGAGCCAGGGAGUAGACUAUGCACACUAUCAGAGGAUUGUCGUUAUUUGAUGCUGUUGACAAAGGUCCAAAACAAAGUGGACAAAGCUGAAGAAGCCUUAAUAUCCCUACAUAGGGCGCAAGAUGUCCAGGCCAAGGCGCUGAAGCGAGUAGAGUUGGAGGAUCCUGACGCCAUCCCCAGGCAGAAGCAGCUCGCCGCCCAGAUCUGUGCUGAGAUGGCGCAACACUACACAAGUCAGAGGGUUUACGAGAGUGCCAUCAAGUCCUACAAAGAAGCUCUUGUGUAUUGUGAGACUGACCACAAGGUGAUGCUGCAGUUGGCGCAGAUUUUCUUCACCCUAGACGAGGUGGAUGCGUGCCAGGAGCAAUGCAAUGUCAUCUUAAAGAAUGACCAAUUUAAUGAAGAUGCAAAUCUGAUGAUGGCUGACCUUAUGUUCAGGAAACAUGACUAUGAACAGGCCAUUUUCUGCUAUCAGCGACUGUUGGAACGCAAGCCAGACAACUACCCUACCUUUUCACGCUUUAUUGACCUGCUGAGGAGGACAGGAAAGUUGGAAGACGUGCCAAUACUUUUUUAUAGAGCAGAACAGCAUUCUUCCAAGGCCAAGUUUGACCCUGGCUUUAUCUACUGUAAGGGACUUUAUCUUUGGUACACAGGAGAACCUAAUGCUGCUCUGCAACACCUCAACCAGGCACGGAAAGACACUAAGUGGGGUCAAAACGCUCUCUAUAAGAUGAUUGAAAUCUACCUAAAUCUGAAUAAUGACACCAUGGGAAUAGAAUUAUUUCAAACAGAUUGCGGAACUGGAACCUACACAGAAAAGCAGGAGAUGCAGUUGGUUGCUGUGACCACAGCUCAGCAGCUACUGACGGAGAUAAAGCCAGAGACACCAGCAGGACACGCACACCUUCGUAUCCUGGAUAAUUAUUGCUUACUGGCGACUAAUCCAAAGACCAACAUAGAAAAAGCCAUCUCUGUUUUCACAGAGAUAGCAACAAGUAUGAAGGACCACGUACCAGCCCUGUUGGCCAUGGCAUCAGCCUUCAUGAUGGUGAAACAACUAGCUCAAGCCAGGAACCAACUCAAACGUAUAGCAAAGAUGACUUGGAAUAUUGUUGAUGCUGACGAAUUUGAGAAGAGCUGGCUGCUCCUGGCUGAUAUCUACAUCCAUUCAGGGAAGUACGACCUGGCCGAUGACUUCCUAAAGAGAUGCCUUAACUACAACAAGUCAUGCUUUAAAGCUUUUGCAUAUCGGGCUUUCAUCAUGGAAAAAGAGCAGGCGUUCAGCGAUGCAGCCUUCAACUAUAAAUUGGCUUGGAAAUAUGGAAAUGAGUCCAACCCAACUAUUGGGUACAAACUUGCUUUGAACUACUUGAAAGCAAAACAACAUUUGGAUGCCAUAGAUGUGAGCAAUAAAGUACUUGCUACUUACCCAACAUAUGCAAGGAUCAGAAAGGACAUCUUGGAGUCAUCUUACGCUGCUUUGAGACCGUAGGAAUAUCCAACACUGACGUGUGUGUUCCUGACUUCUACACCUUUCACAGCAAAUUGCGGAUUGCUGUACAAUUAAAUGGCAUGUGUUGUUGCACAUGCUGUCCAGCUAGGGACAAACGUACAAGGGUUACAAGUUACUACACAACACAACUCUCAGCCACAACACCAUUGCAGAAAACGC